GUUGUUGCCCAACACUGGUUUGUCAGGGGAAAAAGUAUCAAUAACAAAAACAAUUAUCAAUGAAAAUUGACUACGCAUAUUAAGUGCAAUGAUUUGACUGUAAUGGCAAACAGUUCCAGCUCCGAUGAAAGCUCCAAAGCGCCUGAAAACUUUCAAUUAUCAAGCGUCUCGACAAACGACGACGAAGAAGAGGUAGAUGUCUGUGAUGGCGUUGCCGUUGGCUACACAAAGAAUCCAAAUUGCGAUGUGCGCGUAAAGACAACAACAGCUGGUGGCGCGGGUGGCACCACGGGACUGCGCUGUCCACUAUGUUGCAAGCAACAGCGUCAUCUGCAUUGUCGGACUUGUGUCAAGAAUGGAAAUAUUACUCAUAGUUCUGACGAGAGAACUGAAAGCCUGCAGGAAAAACAACAGAAAUAUAUCAAUCUACAGGCGAGCCUGAAAACUUAUAGCAAUCGCUAUGAGCAUCUCAUACAACAGCACAAAUGCAACGAGAAUCGCAUGAUUGCGAUCCGGGCGAAGCGGGAGCAACUGCAGCUGUUGCAACAGCUGAUCGGCAGCACGACGCAGCGACUGCAGCUGCUCGGCGAGCAGAGGGAUGAACUGCGUCAGGCGAAUGCGGAGAAACGCAAGAAUCUGCCCAAGUAUCCUACCAAGGUGAAAAUGCUGGAGGAUUAUGUGAUUGAUCGUUCCAUGCGCAUCGAUAAACUUCGGCAACAGCACUUGGGUCUGCUGGACAGCAUCAAGCAAACGGCACGCCGGGACAUACAGCAGCUUGUCACCUACAUAUUUCCCAUCACCGAGGUGGUGCUAAGGGACGAGCAGCAGCGUAAGGUGACCGCCGAGAGGAGCGAGGAGGCGGAAACCAUUGCAGCCCUGGCCGAUGCCAAGAACACCUCGUAUAUACGGGGUAAGUGGGUAUUCCAUGGCAGCGGAAUCAGUGAGGUACAAUAUCGGAUUGUGGGCCCCUCGCUGCCAGCCAAUGGCGACUACUCCGCCUACCUGGACUGGCUGUCCGACAACAAGGACGAUGUGCCCAAGACAACGGCCAACGAGAUUACGCCCAGUCGCUUUGAGGCCUAUCGCAUUGUAGGCGCUCUCACAUACACAGCACAAUUGACGCAGUUGCUCAGCUUCUAUCUGAAUGUGCGACUGCCACAUAAGCUGGCAUACGGCGACUUCUGUCGCAAGCUGCUCAACGAGGAGCAGUUCCUGCGCAAGGUGUGUCGGGUCAACAACAACAUCAUGUAUCUGGCCUACACACAGCAGGUGAAACUGCGAGCACUCAACGAGCAGCAUACCCUCGAGAAUAUACUGGCCAUAUUGGAUCUGGAGCGCAGUGAUUUAGGGCGAUUCGGUCACUUGGAUGUGAACAAUGCGCCGCUUAUGAAGUCGGUGGAUUCCCUACUCAUUGGCAUUGAAACUGCCACAGAAUCGGAAUCUGAAGAUGAGAGCUCGCUGCGCCUGGACUGGGAAUCGGUGCCGAGUGUUAGUGUGUCUCAGCCCGAGCUGACAACAGAGUCCAAUCUGAUACCUGCGGUGGCACAACAAUCCACAAUUGCGAUGGCAGCCAAUAAAUUCACCUCAAUGCUGCGCUGGAUCAAGUGAAACCCUGUUAAUUUUAACUAGAUUAAGUUAAGCUCAAUGGAGCGACAAGCGGUAGAUAUGAGAGAUAGCUCCAUCAAGUGAACCACCAUUAAAAAAUCAAUGUGCCCCAUGCCAAACAAAAUACAAUACUAACAAUCUGAAGUAGAUUAUAGAUUUCAGAAUGGGGACAAAAAAAAAUAGAUAACAAUUCUGUUAGGUGAUGUACGUGUAUAAAUAGAUGUAUCCAAAAUGAAAA